GCUGGAAAUCUGGGCGGUCGGACUGGGAGGCACCGCCGGGCCCUACCCGCGGGCGCCGGCUGCUGCCUUUGAAGCGCGGGUCUUGGCUGGGGCCCAUGGACCAGUGCCCACCCCGACGCCGGGGCGGGAGCGGGCGGUUCCAUCGACCCUGAGGGUGGACCAAGGAAUCUGGGGGUUCCACGCGUGACAUCACAAUUGCCUCUGCGGGGGCGAGGCCAGAGAGGCAUUUCCUAGGAGACGCGGGCGCACUGCCCCUCCCUUGCUUCCACCUUUUCCCUCUUUCCUACUUUCUUACCUCCCCUUUCUCCUUCCCUCCCUUCCCUCCCUACUCCUUUCGACUGCUCUGGUGCCCACCCCCUGUGCCUCGAGGGCGGGGAGAGCCCCUCGGCCCCGCAGGACAGGGAGGAGUCAGUACAGAUGAGCAUCACCUGUGACUGCAAGGAGUCUGACAGGUGCUGCCGGAAACACAAGCAAUGCACUGGGCAUAUCAUCUACCCAUUCGCCUCUGACUGUGGCCGCCACAGCCUGCACCUACACUCUGUCAAGCACUGCGACUGCAAUUCUAGCUUUGACCUGGUGCUGCUGGCCCAGUCCCAGCUCUCCACACCUUGCUUUGCUCUAAGAGCGAUGGGGAGGAGGUCUGUUGGCAGCCUGGGCCACGCCUAGCAGAAGCCCACUGUCCUUCAGGCUUCUGGCUUUGGGUCCCUGGGGGAGUGAUGGGAGACAGGCUGAGAGUCCCAUGUAUGGCAGGCUGAAGGACUGCUCAAAGAAUAGCAGCAGCUCCGGGGGCGCGGGGCCAGCCUGCUCCUGUGUCAUCAAGUCCCCUUGCUUUGAGCUCACCCCGGAGGAGCAGCAUGUGGAGCGGUUCUGGUAUGGCUGGUGUAAAAGCUACAGACCUGUCUCUGUGGCAGUGAUACACCAUCCCCUUCACCAUGAGUGUGGAGCAGAUGAUGUACAUGAAGAAGAGGAAGAGGAGGAGGAAAGCAAGCCUCCUAUCCCGGCGCAGGUGGGGCCCGCCACUGCCUCCCCUGACCUAGGCACCACCAUGGCCACUGGUACCCCUGACUCUGCAGCACCCAUCACCAUCUGGCGCUCUGAGAGCCCCACAGGGAAGGGCCAGGGCAGCAAGGUGAUCAAGAAGGUAAAGAAGAAAAAGGAAAAAGAGAAGGACAAGGAGGAGGACACAGAUGAGAAGGCAAAGCUGAAGAAAAAAGCCAAGAAGGGCAAACUGACUAAGAAGAAAAGCCCAGUUAAAUCAGAGCCUUCCCCUCCAGAUGUGAGCCGAUCAUUAAGCCCAAGACAGCUGGCCAGGAUGUCCGAGUCCAGCCCAGAGAGCCGGGAAGACCUGGAGAGCGAGGACAGUUCCAGUGGCCGGGGGCAGGGGGAACCGUCGAGCGAGGAUAAUGUGGAAUCAUCACCCAGGAAGAGAGAGAACACGGUCCAGGCCAAGAAGACAGGGACGAAGCCCUCACAAACCAGGAAGGUAAACAAGAGAAAAUCUCCCCCAGGAUCAAACCCCAAUCUCAGUUGAGGCCAGGGUGUAGAAUAAAUGCCAUAAAGCCUGUGGCUGGCUCCCUGCUUGCUGUUCUCUCCCUCCAACCUGGCUGUUUCUUGGGGAACAGGGGGUGGCUCAGGGCUGCAGAGGGUUUUCAAAGGCAAUCCUGCUUUCUCGAGAAAGCCCAUGGGAAGGCAGGCGGGAGGGAAAGGCAGGGGCACAGCCCUGUUUCUUCCUCACACCCUAGGACAAGGGUAAAAGAUGCAUCUGGGGUGGGAAGGAGGGCUCUACCCUCUCUCCUGGGAGAGACUGGUCUGUGUGAAAUCCAUUUCUGGGACAGACAGUACUGUCUGCAGCGACAACCCCAAUAAAUGGAACUUUCUAACCCA